AUGCCAAGUAAAGAAGAAAUUUGCAGCUACGUGGCCCGCGCGCUUGUGGAGGUAACUUGUUUGGAAGAAGACUGUGGGCACGUUUAUCGCGAUCCCAUUCUGCCGGAUACCGUCCUGUCGUUGGGGCCGCAGUUGCGUACAUCGGAACAUGUGCUUUUGUCUACGUCAAAGAAUGUUCAUUUUUCGUUGAGUAUCGGAGAAUAUGGCAACCGAGCUUAUGGGAAAGUACCAAAGUGCACUGCAAGAACUCUUUCAGUUAUGCCGGCUUUCGCUGAAAAGAAGUAUUACACGAUGCCGUGGGGCAAUCAUAAGCCUGUGUGUGAAAUUCCCUGUGCAUGGGAGGAUGUCUCGUUCCGAAUGGGACACUCGAAUAUCUUGCAAAAGAUAGCCAAAAUGCUGCUGUAUUAUUCCGGAUUGGCAAAACUGAAAUCAAACAGCAAAGCAACAGCGUCUUCAUUUAUUGUUGAUGCCAUCGAGCAAGCCUGCGAUGAUUUUGCCAAACUAAGCGAUUGCAUUGAGCGAGACUGGGAGUCUUCAUUGUCAUCAUCACUCGAUCGGCAGCGCCGCCGGAUCAUUAUUUCGACAAUUGUAAAAAUGAUCGAGGAUUUUGCUGCAUUAAAAUUUGAUAAAAGCGACAUGUUUCAAGUGAAUGAGGCUGCUCUGGACCAGCUGCAACGAACAGCGGAACGUUUAUUGGCGAUAUCGAAUGAGCCAGAAAUGUCAAUCCCAGAUGCAGUUCUUUCGAUGUGCGAUGGCGAGGAACUGCUUGCUUUUGCACGAAUCCCUGUCAAUGAAGUAAAUUAA